AUGGCGCUCCAGAAAGUGCACUUCUUGCCGCUGAAGAGCUCCAUCCUGGUGUCCGCCUACCCCAAAGCGCCUCAGCUCUGCGGCGGCGCGGGGGGGCACCUGGCGCAAUUCAACUCGGAGCAUCCGGUGGGCCUCGAGGUGUCCUUUAAAAACUCCUGCGCCUCAACUUCGGCCCCAGCGCUGGCGCCCUCAGCCCCAGCUGCGGCGCGCAUCUGCACCCGCUCCACCGAGACGCUGAGCUUGACCCUGGAGACCCAGGCGAAGUGCUCGGCGGAUGGGAGCUUCUACUACUUCCGGGUGAAGGCUGGCACUCUGCCCGCGGACGCGGUGGAUAUCAGCACUUUGGAGUGUGAGUUGGAGGGCCCGGGUCUGAAUUUGUUCGACGGCAGCUGCUUGGAGAACCUGGCGCUGCGCCGGCUCAAGUUCUUGCCCCUCAGCAGCUCCGUGGCCGUGAACGCGUAUCCCAUCGCCUCCCAAAGGUGCUUGGGCCAAACCGGGCACGCGGCAGAGUUCAACAGCGUCUACCAGGUGGGCCAAGCCGUGCAGCUGAAGCGAGGCUGUCCCGCGAGCUCCGCGCCAAGCGCGCCUUCCCUUUGUUCCAAGAGCGCCCAGUUUAUGGUGACACUUAUGGUGCAGUCCGAGGCGCGGUGCUCGGCGGAUGGGUCCUUCUACUACUUCAAGGUGGGGGCAGGAAUCCUUCCCUCUGACUUGGUGGACAUUAGCACAGAAGAGUGCGAGAUGCAGGGCCCGCACCUGCAGGUCUAUCGGGAUCAGAAGUGCUGGGAGGCUAUGGCAUUGCGGAAGCUGCAUUUCUGGCCGCUCCGAAGCUCCAUAGUAGCGACGGCCUAUCCCGAUGGCCAAAACUGCACGGGGCCCACGGGCCAUGCAGCGUCUCUGUGA